CUGGCAGUGAUGAAUUUGCUGUGCCUCCUUGUCGUGCUGGCUGUGUGCAAGCCCGUGCUCGGCUCAUGGGACACCUGUGGAGGGACCUGUGGGCUCUGGCCCAUGGAUGCUUCCUACAGUCCCACAACUUAUGACUAUGGCCCCACGGCUUCUGAUGACAGCACAUUGAGUGUCGUGGGAGGCACAAGUGUCCAGACAGGGGCCUGGCCUGGGAUUGUCAGCAUCCAGGAUACCCAGAAACCAGGCACAGGGCAUAUCUGUGGAGGGUCCCUCAUCAGCACACAGUGGGUCCUCACAGCUGCCCACUGCUUCAACAACACCAGGAACAUCAGCAUGUGGCGUGUGGUGAUCGGGGCCACCCAGUUGACUCAGCUGGGCCCUGAGGUGCAAUUGCGCCAGAUUAAGCAGCUACAUGUUCAUGAACAAUAUACUCCUGGUGAGGAGAGGAAUGACAUUGCCUUGCUGGAAUUGGACCAGCCAGUCCCAUGCAGCCACUACAUACAGCUGGGCUGUGUGCCUGAUGCCACGCUGAGAGUGUCAGAGCUGAAAACUUGCUACAUUGCUGGCUGGGGUUCCACCACUGAAAGAGAUCAAAGAUCAAGUGAUGUCCUGCAGGAGUCCAAGGUCCAUCUCAUCGAUGUCCAGCUCUGUAACAGCAGCUGGUGGUACAUGGGGGCCAUCCACACCCACAACUUGUGUGCUGGUUACCCACAAGGCACCAUGGACACCUGCCAGGGCGACAGUGGCAGUCCCCUGGUGUGCAAAGAUGACCAUGCUGCCUACUUCUGGCUCGUUGGCUUGGCCAGCUGGGGAAAAAGCUGUGCAAGAACAAACCAGCCCGGAGUCUACACCUCUACUCAGUAUUUCUACGACUGGAUCUUGGUCCAGAUAGACCCGCAACCAGAUAAAAGGGCAUGGAGUCAUUUUAUGACUACUUCAACUGCCUCUCAGAAUCCAACACCAAUACCAGUGCCAAUACCAACACCAUCGGGCUGGUUUCGCUCCUUCCCACUUCCACUGCAGCAGCUGGUGGAAUUUUUUACUCAAGUGCAUGAAUUUCUAGAGGCCCUAAGGAGAAAAUUGGAUAGAGAAGCAGGAUGA